AUGACAAAUAUAAGCGAUAAAGGAGCUUAUAAUAUAGUCACUUCUUUAACUAAAUGUACUAAUCUCUUAACUUUGAUACUUGAUUUUUGGGAUAAUAGCAUUGGGGCUGAGAGUAAUUUUGAUUUAGGAUCUGCUUUAUCAAAAUUAAAUAAUUUGUAAACUUUGAAACUUGAUCUCAGAUAUAAUUGUAUUAAUGCUGAAGGUUUAUUAGAGUUAGGCAACGGUUUAGCAAGAUGUACAAAUCUCACUACUUUAACUCUAUAUAUUUAAUAAAAUAUUAUAGGUAAUAAAAGUGUUGAGUAUUUAGGAUCUGCUCUGUAAAAUUGUGCUAAACUAUAAAACUUGUCACUCGAUAUAUUUAACUUUGAUGAUUAAGAUGAAAAUAGUUUAGAACCAGCUGCUAUAUCAAAUUGCAAAAAUAUUUAAAAUUUAACUCUAAACAUUUGGUAAAAAAGUAUUGGGUUAUAAGGAGCUUAAGUUUUGGGUUUGACUUUAGCAAAAUUUACAAAUUUAUCAGUUUUAACUCUUAAUUUAUAAAUCAAUAAAAUUGGAGAUAAAGGCUUAUCAUGUUUGGCAUCAGGUUUUGUAAACUGUGCAAAUCUUUCAAAUCUGACACUUAAUCUUGCCGAUAACUAAAUUGGAGCUUAGGGUGCAUCUGAACUAGGUUUUGCAUUACCAAAUUGUAAAAAUCUCUAAAAUUUGGCUUUAAAUCUUGAUGCUAAUCAUGUAGGAUCAAUAGGAAUAUUAGAUUUAAGUUCUGCCUUAAUUAAAUGCUUAAAGCUCUAAAAUUUGAAGCUUGAACUUUUGUAAAACAAUUUAGGACUCUAGGGAACUUCACAUUUAGGAUCUUCUUUAUUAAAAUGCAGCAAUCUUUUAUUUUUAGAAAUUAAAUUAGGGUUUAACACAAUAAAUUUAAUUAAUUAAUCCAAAUUAAGAACUAGAAUACUAAAAAUGAAGAGAUUACUUUAAAUAUAACUAUCGUGGUCUUUAGAAUGA